AUGAAGGCCAGACGGGAUGUGGUCGUGAUAACCGCAGUGCAGUUCGACCGCGAGCAGGGCUGCAGCAGCACAAGAAAUACGCAGAUAGUUCUGACCAACAAGCCGGCACUCGAGAUCGCCGGAAUCGGGCUGUCGUACCGGGUAGCGACGACUGAUGACGUCACUCCCUGGAGCCGCGUCACCCAGUCGUUCGCCGGCACAAAGUGGAUUAGCGCUACGAUCUUGGCGACGUUCGCCGGCUUCCAGCGCAUCGAUUCUGUCGCAUUCGGCUGCUACAAGUGCGGCGGUUCAGCGAGCCGUCACCCACUGACGGGCGACAUCUACUGCGACCUCGGCUGUACCCCUGAAGCACUCAGCAACUUCUGUGUCGAAGUCACUGCAACGGUCGACGUGCGCGUCGACGCUGGACCUGACGUCAUCACGGCAAAAGUGUGGCCCAACGAGUUCCCGCUAGUGACUGGAGCACACAUGGAGAGUUUCUCGAAGCAGCCAGCGCACGAGCAAGUGGACAGCCUCAACACACGCUUCAAGAACCACACUUUCGCGAUGCACGUGCGCAUUCGCGAAAAUCCCAACACCCAGUAUAGCCACGUCAACCCGUACCAAGCUAACAUAGUGAGCUUAGACCUGCCGCCGGAGUUCGGCUUCUUCGGGACUAAGAGAGGGAAGCGCGAUGACAAGUAG